AAAGAAAAAAAAAAGAAAGAGGAAUAUGGCAGAGCAGACUGCAGAGAGAAGAAAUGAAAGCUUUGCUGCGGAGGAAAGAAGCAAAUCUGAUCAACAAACAGUAGUAGUAGAGGUUAGUUUGCUCUCCAGAAUUCACUUUAUCUCGUUUUCUGGUUGGAGAGAGAAUGCGAGAAAAUCGAGAGUACGAUCCACGUGAACAACAAGUCUCGAUCUGCACACACAAUCUCGUCUUCAGAUAGAGCAGUAAAUUGCCUUGGAUCCGUGUGUCCAAGACGACAUUCUUCGUGUUCUAAUUGACAGUUCGGUACUUUUCUCUCUUUGAAUCCGGGAUCUUAAUCGCAUUCCACGAGCUUUCACUCUCCAUUUGAAGAACUACCCGGAAAAGGUGAGUUCGGCCUGUAAUUUGAUAUUUGAAGGAGACUUGCAGGUUGAUUCAAGCUGAAUUUGAGUUGAAUUAGGACUUAGCGUGACUGUAAUGUCACUGCUGGGAUUGUUAACUGACGAAAUCUAGGGUUUAGAGAUUGCAUGGGCGAGUGUGAUCACGAUACAUCAGCUAUCUAGAUUGUCAUGUUGAGCGUUCGCAUUGUCAAUGGUACAGUUGUUUCAGUUGGACUGCAAUGUAAAGGUUGGCAGUUAGCUGCUCAUUAGUUUCCGUGCCAACUGGAAGUACCCUACAUACUGUUUAUCUGGUUUUCAGUUUAAUGAAAAAGGUGAAGGUGGAGAAUCAAAUAAAUUUGGUAUUUGAAGAGGAGAACGUCUGGGACUGGGUUACAACCACUGUUGGUUUUAGUUGAAUGUAUAAUACAGGCUACUUAAUUUGGCAAAAGGGUUGUCUGAAUACGGGUUGUAUGAAGUGUUUAAGGUAGCAUCUUUUACACUGCAUUGUGGUUGGGGAUAUGCCUCCUUCUCCGGCAUUGAGAGUCUCUCCCGGGAGAGAGAUGAGGGCAGAUAAACACAAGCGAGGGCGCAGUCUUGAGGGUGGAUUACUCCUUAAACAGAAAGAUGAUGAUCUUGCGCUGUUCAAUGAAAUGCAAUCGAAAGAGAAAGAAGAUUUCUUGCUUCAGUCAACAGAUGAUUUUGAAGACACAUUUUCAACAAAAUUGAAACGCUUUUCAGAUUUUGAGCUUGGAAUCUCAAUCCCUGUUCAAGGGGAGAGUAGUGUACUGCUUAAUGCAGAUGGGGAGAAGAAUGAUUACGAUUGGCUAUUAACUCCGCCGGAGACUCCUCUUUUUCCUUCAUUGGAUGAUGAGCCACCACCAGCUAAUGUUGCAAGCAGAGGGAGACUUCGAAGCCACCCGAUUUCCUUGUCGAGAUCCUCCACAAUGGAGAAGGGUUACAGUAGCAGCAAGGGUAGUGCAAGUCCAAAGCGCUUGAGCCCAUCACCUCGGUCUGGGAAUAGCACAUUCCAGUCCAGGGGAAGGCCAACUUCAGCUCCUAAUUCCAGUCCAACUCGAAACAUGAGGCCUGUCACUCCAGUGCGAAGGCCGUCACCUCCCCCAAGUAAACCCUCCACACCCAUUCAAAGGUCUUCAACUCCUACUCCACGCAGGAUGAGCACAGGGUCUAGUGGUAUCGGGGUUACAUAUGGGGUUCGGGGUACCUCCCCUGUAAGGACAAGUCGAGGGAACUCCGCCUCACCCAAAAUCAGAGCAUGGCAGUCCAAUAUCCCUGGUUUCUCGUCAGAGGCUCCGCCCAAUCUUCAAACUUCAUUGGCUGAUUGGCCAGCAUCAUAUGUGAGGGGUUCCUCGCCAGCAUCCAGAAAUGGUAGGGAUUUGGGCUCAAGAGUUGGCAGACAAUCAAUGUCACCAACAGCGUAUCGAAGUGUCAGUUCAUCACAUGGUCAUGAUCGGGACCAAUUUAGCUCGCAUAGUAGAGGUUCUAUUGCAUCAUCUGGUGACGAAGAUGUGGACUCUCUACAAUCAGUUCCCGUGGGCAGCGUAGAUCGCUUAACUUCAAGAAGAGUUGGCCCAUCAUUUUCAAAUAACAGAUCUCCAAGCUUCUCUAGGAAGUCAUCUAAAAUAGUGUCUCCUGGUUCUGCUCCAAAAAAAGCCUUUGACUCUGCACUUCGACAACUGGAUAAUCGGAAAAGUUCACAGAAUAUGUUCAGGCCUCUCUUAUCAAGUGUCUCAAGUACCACCUUUAAUAUUGGGAAAGCAAGCUCUUAUCAAGGUACCAGUGCUGCACUUGAUACUGAGGGGAGUGAUCACCUUCAGGAUGAUUUGGCAAGUGAAAGCGGGAAAUUACCGUAUCCUGAUGUUUCAGAAGAGGUAUUUGCAUUCGAUAAACUGGAGGAAUUUGAUAAAGAUGAGGAGCAUCAAACUUUUGAUAGGUCACUUGACAUUGGGGUCAAUGAUAAUGAUAGAGACUUUACAAUUGAUUGUGACCCUGGUAACUCUGAUAAACCUGGCCCCCAUAAAAUUGAUGCAGAAAUUAGUACGUCUUCUGAUGCUCUGAAUCUCAGGGAUGACGAUCCCGAAAUUUGCAGUCUUGAAAGCUCAGAACUCUGCUCUAGAUGUGGUCACAGGUAUCGUGUCACUCAGCCAUUGGAAAAUGGUAUAAAUCUUUGUCCAGAUUGCAGUAAGGAAGACAAUCUUGCCACUAUUUUGGAGACAAUUGCUAAUGACGCUGUAGGGCCAUCUAAGAAGAUUUCUGAAGAAAAUAAAGUUUUCGAUGUAUUGGAGCCCCUGACAGCUGUACCCAACACACUAUCACUUGCCACUGAAGUGGAUGAGAUGAUUUCUUCCCAGCAUGAAGAGAAUGUUAAGCAAGGCGAGGCUUCAAACUUUAAGUGUAGCCAGAUUUACUCGCGCAAGAAUUCUCUUUCAAGGUCUCUGGUGGAGAGGGAUGAGCAAAGCCCUGCUAACCAGCAAGGAACGGGACAACUGUUUGUUGGUCAUAGCCUAACUGAUAAUGAUGUUGAAGAACAACAAUCCCAGCAUAAGGGCCAUAUAGAAAAGGUAGAUGUUUUAGAAAUUGCUGGCAUUUCUAUACUGCUGAAUCGAUCCAGCAGUAGCAAGGGGUCUAUUGUUCGAGGCAGGACUUUCGUUGCCUCUUCCAUACCUCGUGAUUAUCUUUUGUAUGCAAGAGACAGCACAAACAGUUUGAGAAGCUCGAAUGGGCAUGGCAGUGCUUCUGCAUCAUCCUCUGUUGAUUUUGGCUCUGCUAGACAAGUAGAGACUCGUGUGCAGCGGCAGUUAAGCGGAAAUAAAUCUGACAUGGAUAACCACAGGUCUGAUUGGAACAUUAAAUCCCAAAGUAUUGGAUUAUCUUUACCUGGAGUUCCAGACUGUGUCCACCAGGCACCUGGUUUUGCAACAAGCAUACAUGAAGAGGCUUCUGUUACUGAUGAGAAGUUUGAAUCAGAGGAAAGUCCUGUUUCUUCUCAUGAAAAAUUGCUUACUAUGGAUAACAAAGAAGUGGAUGUUUUUGAUGUGGCAAUUCUUGAGGAAAAUAUAUUAGAAUGUACUGAGAGUAAAAGAACAGCUGAUGCUAUUUCCUCAGAAUUAUUAUGUCAUUCAGUUGGUACUUCGUUAGAGGAGAAUACGGCAGCAUCAGUUCCAAAUUAUGAAGACCAUGCUAUAAAUGAAACUGGUGAAGGUUUCCCUGAUAAUGCAAGGAGUGCCUCCGAUAUAGAAGCAUUCUCUAUCACUCCUAAGUCGUCUACUGAAGCAGGAAACACAAGGCAGAGCCAUAGCUUUGAUGCUGUGGAUGUUACAGACUUUCCUGCUCAAAGUACUUUGGAUUCAGUAUCUGAAAUACAAACUGAGGAUUGUUAUCAGAGUACUUCUAUUUCACAGAAUGAGGACCUCUCAAUGGAGUCCAAGAGCACUAAAAAUGAAUAUGAGGAGCCAUCAGGCCCUACUCCUUCAGAUAUUGAUACAGCAGAGGAGUCAACUGUAGUGGUAGAAUGUCAGGGAGAAAGCAAGGGAAGAAGCCCGACAUUCGAAGAAGCAACAGAUACGAUACUAUUCUGCAGUUCCAUUGUCCACGAUCUAGCCUAUCAGGCUGCAACCAUAGCAAUCGAAAAGGAAUCUUCCGACCCUGUAGAAAAUUUCCAGCUAACUUUUACAAUCUUGGGGGAAUUCAACUCAGGCAAGAGAGACCCGCGUGGCAGAAACAUUGUGAGAUGCAGCCCAAAAUCCCAGAAAGCGAGGUUGGAAACAGAUGUAAAACCCCCUUCAAAGAAAGCUGAGAACGAUGAAAAUGUUGAUGAAUCUAUGAUGCAAAAUGUUGGGCUUCCCAAACAGAUGGACAGUACAAAGCCUCCAAAGCUGGAAUCCAAGUGCAAUUGCACAAUAAUGUGAGUCAUUAAUUCUACCAUACGACUCUGCUACUCCGACCAGUUAGAUGGAGAUUGCUGAGUGCUUGUAAUGUAAGUGGUUUUGUGGAUUAUUGCCAAUUUGUUUGUUGUUCAUUCCAAUUUAUUUGUAUGAAACACGACAUCAUGUUGGUGACAUAAUUGUAAAGCUGUUUAUUGUCAUUAUGUUAA